AUGUCUUCCACGAUCAACACAAGCACCGGCAACAAGCCCGUCGACCCCUACAAGGCCAAGAGCCUCGAGGACCCCCCUCUCCAGCAAAAAGUCGAGGACAUGGUCAACUUCAUCAGCGAGACCAAAUUCGGCAUGUUGACGACGAAGCUGUCCAACUCGGACCUCUUGACUUCGCGGUGCAUGGCCCUAGCAGGGAAGGAGCACGGCGGUAUCGACCUCAUCUUCCACACGAAUCUCUUCUCAAGCAAGACGAUGGAUCUCACGGUCCACCCGUCAGAAGUCAACAUGUCCUUCCUGGACCCCGUGAGCGGCUCCUGGGCUUCGAUCUCCGGCACCGCGGCACUGGUCGCUGACCAGGAGACCGUGAAGAGGUACUACUCGCCUGCGUUGAAGGCGUGGCUGGGUGAUCUGGGCGACGGUGUGCAUGACGGUGGCCCGGGAGAUCCGCGAAUCGGAGUGAUCAAGCUCGAGGCCAAGCUGGCGACGUAUUCCAUUACGCGCAAGGGGAUGAUUGGCAGAGCCGUGGAAACGGUCAAGAGCGUCUCCAAGGGUGAUGUUCCUGCUAUCAGCAGUCUCAGGGAACUGACUGAGGAGGAACUGGCUGAGUGUAAGUCCAUCUGA